AUGAAUACGGAACUACUGUAUCAGCAGCUCGAAGAAAGUCGUGUAAAGUCCACUUCUGGCGUGUACUUCAUCCUUCCAUUGAAGCUGCGAGAUAUACUCACGCCUGCGCAAGUCGACCUCGCAGUUCAAGAAAUUAAUUGCGAAGCCCACGAGCGGAUUGGUCUCUCAAGAAAGCUUGUCGAAGAUGGUUUGGUUACAUUUGCUAUCCUUAUAUGGAUGAGAAGGACCAGUGCUAUAGUGCGGUUUCGCGACUUCGAAUGUCUUGACAGAAAACUCCCGUUAGACGAAACCAAAGCUCGAGAAAUUGCACCCGAAUUUGGCAUUUCCUUCGCCCGCGAGGUCCAAUGGCAGUUUCUUCCUUACUUUUUCCAAAGCGACAUGUGCGAUUAUCACCGUCAUAUUCACGAUGCCGGAAUGGUAUUCCCGUUUGUUGGACAAGUAGAAGAUAUUGGCGAGGGUGGUUUUGGAAAAGUCACAAAACUUGAGAUCCCGGCCAGUCUCCAAGGAUUUUACCGGGAAACUGUCGGUACUGUAGCGGUUGUGCGCAAAUCUGUUGUGUAUCGGAAGAGGUACACGAAAGACAGAUAUGAUCAACUCUUCUUAAAAGAAAUGAAAUCUCUCCGCCUACUGCAUCGAUUAAAACAUCCAAAUAUCAUACCCCUGCUGGGAUCUUACACCCACCAGCAAGAGCACAAUUUCCUCUUUCCGUACUUUCCAAUGGAUCUUGCCCACUUCCUCCAACUGGAUACACGAUUCGGCGACUUUCGUUGGGAUUUCACAUUCCCACUAGCACUCCGUGGAUUGGCCUCAGCUCUAGAACAUACCCACGACCUUCAUUUAGAGCUGGAACAGAACGGGUUAAACCUUGACGCUACAGGUUAUCAUCAUGACCUUCGGCCAGCGAACAUAUUAGUCCGCGGGAAUACUUACAUUCUGGCCGACUUUGGCUUAGGGGGAAUGAAGGACGAAGGGAUGAAAUCAACCACGCCAUGGAAGAUGGGUACUGGAGACUACCUCGCUCCCGAAAGUAGGGACGCUGCAACUUUCGCCAAUCAGCUGGUUGGCAGAUCAAUUGAUGUCUGGGCAUUUGGCUGUCUGCUUGCCGAACUGGCGACGUAUAUCCACCGGGGUCCCAAAGGUGUGGAACAGUUCCGAGUCGCUCGAGAAGGCGAACUGCGUCCAGGAUGGAUAUCAACAUACUUCUACAGUUCUAGUGGUCAACUCAAGCCUUCAGUACGUGAAUGGCUCCAGGAACUUGGGAAUACAUCAUCAACCCUGACUCAAGACCUGGUGCAGGUCGCCUUUUUAGCCCUAGAACCAGCUGUAGAGUCACGCCCCUCUAUGCACCAGAUCCGUUUUGCCCUAGAUAUUCGAGGUUUCCGGGCGCUUGUCUCGGCAGUAUGCAAUUCAUUCGACCAGUUUCUAGGUUGUUCCAGCGCCGGGCAGGACACAGAAUGUACUCAACAAGCCUCGAUGUGGUUCGAGCUCGAGCGCGUUCGCGUCUUUGGCCGGCUCUUACUCUCGCAAGCGAGUGAACAGAACUCAGUCUUUACUGAAGAAGACACCAUCCAAGCAUGUUAUAAGAAACUACAAAGUCUAUUCUGCACUAUCAACGCCGAACUCGGACUUCACGACGCGAAGGGUUCCCAAUCGGUAGAGAGUUUUAUCGAGAUACGCAAGUCCUUCGAAGAACGCAUUCAAUGCCUUGUCCAAGACUUGUGGGACUUUUUACCCUCAGCCUGUUUUCGGAAGAUACAACAGAUUUGGAUCCAAUCAAUGCAAGAGGAUGAUAUUGAGCGACUCAACAAUAUAGAUGCUUCGCUUCAAGCGCACCGAAGACAGGAUAUGAGGGAUAUGGGUGCAAUAGCUAAGAUGAAGGCCUUGCGACUGCAACUGGAAAAUGACACGACCUCCGGCACCGCACAGCUCUUGCGUCCUCGGGAGGACCUUAGUGAUCUCCAGUUAUCCAACGGCCACACAUACGGUAAAUUUCGUGGGGGUAGAGUCUUAGUCGAGUGGAUGUAUUAUCGUCCGCAGUGGGAAUCGAUCCCAGAAGUUCAGAGACUCAUGGUUAUGGAACUAAAAGCGAGGGGCUUCAGUAUCGACCCAGAACCAACGGGAUUACGAAUGUUGAAAUGUCUUGGUUUUGUAGAAGAAGCUGGGAAUCAGGGUCGCAGACACGGAUACGGCUUCCUCUACAAACUUCCAGAACAAGUUGAAGGAUACUGUUUUGUACCACCAGUGACUUUGAAACAGCUACUCUCGUUGGGAAUGGACCGACAAUUGGGUUCAGAAAGCCAAGCUCCCCUACGUGGAAAGUUCCUACUCGCUCACUCGCUGGCUUUGUUCUUCGAGAAAUUUUACACGGUUGGCUGUGUGCACGAAACCUUCAGUUCGAAGAACGUAAUCUUUGCCCACACUUCAUUGGAAAUGUUCGCCUCGACGAACACAUGGAGUCAGCCCUAUGUCGUGGGUUUCCAAAAGAGUAGACCCGAUGGAGAAUCCUGGGCUACUGAAGGACCGCCAGAUGAGACAGAUUUUAGUGAAUACGAACAUCCAGAGUACCGCGAAGGAGGUCGAUUCUUGCUGGAGUACGACGUUUACAGUCUCGGAUUGGUGCUCCUUGAAAUUGGGUCUUGGAUUCCUUUGCAAAAAUUCUCGCAAAAGAGAGGACAUCGAACUCUUGGCACACGCGAGUUUCGGAAAGUUUUACUUGAAAAGUAUGUCCCAAGGCUAGAGGCGACUGUUGGGACUGUGUACAGUAAAGCUGUUAGUGCUUGUUUGGAUGGUUCCUUAGUUCUUCGUUCAGACAAAGUGGCCUCAGAUGAUCUGGAGUCAAGUGUUUUCGGGGAGUAUAUUGAGAAAGUGGUCAAUCCUUUAGAAGAGUUGUCACAGUUACGAAUUUGA